AUGUGUCUCUGUUCCCAUUCCUUCAGAUUGCCAAUUCCCAAACUAGAAGAUACAAUAAGGAGAUACCUAAAUGCCCAGAAACCGCUUCUGAAUGAUGACCAAUUCAGGAAAACUGAAGAGCUUGCUCAUCGUUUUGAGAAGGGAAUUGGAAGAGAGUUGCACGAGCAACUGGUUGCUCAAGACAAUCAGAACAAGCAUACUAGUUACAUCACAGGUCCCUGGUUUGACAUGUACCUAAAAGCACGUGAAUCUGUCGUUUUGAAUUUUAAUCCAUUUAUGUCUUUUAAUCCUGAUCCAAAAUCUGAAUAUAACGAUCAGCUCACACGAGCUACAAACAUGACUGUUUCUGCUUUACGUUUUAUGAAAACCUUCAGGGCUGGUUAUCUUGAACCAGAGGUUUUUCACCUCAAUCCGGAAAAAAGUGACACUCAGAUGUUUAAAAAAAUUAUCCGUUUUGUGCCUUCUUCGCUUUCAUGGUUUGGUGCCUACAUGGUCAAUGCUUACCCCCUGGAUAUGUCUCAGUACUUUAGGCUUUUCAACUCCACAAGGCUGCCUAAGCUCAACAGAGAUGAGCUUUAUACAGAUGAAAAGGCAAAACAUUUACUGGUACUGAGAAACGGGAACUUUUAUGUAUUUGAUGUCCUUGAUAGAGAUGGAAAUACACUGAAGCCUUCAGAGAUCCAAGCACACUUGAAAUACAUCCUUAGUGACAACAGUCCAGCUCCAGCCUUCCCUCUUGGCUACCUCACCAGUGAAAACAGAGAUACAUGGGCAUUGUUGAGAAAGAAUCUGCUGGAUAGUGGCAAUGAAGAAGCUCUUCAGAAAGUAGACUCUGCAGUGUUUUGUUUGAGUUUAGAUGAUUUUCCCACUAAAGACCUGGUGCACUUGUCCCGCACGAUGUUGCACGGAGAUGGUGCUAACCGCUGGUUUGACAAAUCCUUCAGUCUCAUCAUAACUAAGGAUGGCACUGCAGGAAUUAAUUUUGAACAUUCCUGGGGAGAUGGUGUGGCUGUGCUCAGGUUCCAGAACGAGGUUUUUAAAGAUAGCACCAAGGCACCAGCCAUCAGCCCUCAGUCCCAGCCUGCUUCAGUAGACUCUUCCAGAGCAGUACAGAAACUUGACUUUAAACUGAAUGAUGCCUUAAAAGCAGGAAUUACCCAAGCCAAACAGAAAUUUUAUGCCAGUGUAGAAGCACUUUCUCUUAAUAUGAUUCAGUUCCAUGAAGGGGGCAAAGACCUUCUAAAGCAGAAGAAGGUAAGUCCAGAUGCUGUGGCUCAGCUUGCCUUCCAGAUGGCUUUCCUUCGGCAAUACGGUCAGACUGUUGCUUCCUAUGAGUCUUGCAGCACUGCAGCUUUCAAGCACGGCCGCACAGAAACUAUACGUCCUGCCUCUGUCCAUACAAAGAAAUGUUCGGAAGCUUUUGUCAGGGAACUGUCCAAACACAGCACAGAAGAGCUUCAGAAUUUGAUUGUGGAGUGUUCAAAAUACCACGGCCGUUUGACGAAGGAAGCUGCUAUGGGUCAGGGGUUUGACCGACAUCUCUUCGGCCUGCGCCAUUUAGCCUUAUCCAAAGGUAUUGCACUCCCUGAUUUCUAUCAAGAUCCAGCCUAUGCUCAGCUUAAUCACAACAUCAUAUCUACAAGCACGUUGGUUAGCCCAGCUGUGCAAUUAGGAGGGUUUGGCCCAGUGGUGGCUGAUGGCUUUGGAGUAGGGUAUCAGGUACAGGAUGACUGGAUAGGUUGUAACGUUUCCUCUUACCCAGCUAGGAAUGGUAAAGAAUUCCUUCAGUGUAUACACAAGUCACUAGAAGAUAUCUUUAAUGUUUUAAAGGGCAAGAAAAUUGGUAGUUAG